AUGUCGACAGAAGAGACCAGAAAUACUGUACAGAAGUGGUUUGAGGCCCUGAACUCUCUGGAUUACGCCACGCUCGAGAAUAUCGCAACCUCAGACGCGAUGUACUGGACUUCCGGGCCUGCUGACAAGCUCCCUUUCUGCGGCUCGAUCGCGUACAAGGAGCGCAUUGCAGUUAUGCGGUCAUCUCUCGGACAGAUGCGUACACUGAAGUUUACGAACAUGGGAAUCAUAGCCGACGGAGAGUCAGCGGCGUUGGAAAUUGGAGUAUGGGCGGAAGGAGAGAAGGGGAAAAUCUAUGAGAACAAUGCGGUCAUCAAGUUUACGGUGAAGGAGGGCAAGAUCGUAGGUGUGAGGGAGUACAUGGAGUUUACUCCCUUCUUCAAGUACCUCGAGGCUUCUGCGUAG